CAAGCACCGACUUCCGCAUUGAAUCAGUGUGGUAAAGAUGUCAACAUCCGAGUGACGUCAUCCUGUGACUUGUGCAAUAUUAAGUUACUGGGCAUCUGUGUUAAAUAUGUUUAACAUCAUAAGACCUGUAUUAUACUCCUACUUCAGAAGUUCUUGCGCUUGGAGGGUACGAAUAGCUCUCAAUCUGAAGGAUAUCAAAUUUGAGUACAGAGCUGUCAACCUAAUAAAAGAUGGAGGGAUGCAGAGAAAAGAGGAGUACACAGCACUUAAUCCAAUGCAGCAAGUGCCAACCCUUUUGAUAGAUGGUGCUACACUCACACAAUCUAUAGCUAUUAUGGAGUAUUUAGAAGAAAUAAAUCCAUCUCCUGCAAUUUUGCCAGAAAACCCCCUUCAAAGAGCAAAGGUUAGAGAGAUUUGUGAGGUGAUAGCAUCAGGUAUCCAGCCUGUCCAAAAUCUGCAAAUCCUUCAAAAAGUGGAGAAGCUGGCUGAUGCUGAGGAAAAGACGGAGUGGGCUAAAUCAUGUAUAGUCAAGGGAUUCACUGCUCUUGAAAGCCUUCUAAGUAAAUGUGCUGGUAAAUAUUGUGUAGGGGACACAAUCACCAUGGCCGAUAUUUGCCUUGUACCGCAAGUUUUUAAUGCCAAUAGGUUUAAAGUUGAUAUGAGCAAAUAUCCACUGAUUUCUAAGAUCAAUGAAGAACUACAAAAAAAUGAUGCUUUCCAGAAAGCUAGUCCUUCAAAGCAGCCUGACUGCCCCGAAGAUUUACGAGUAUGAAGUUUGACCAACAAAGACCAGUAUAUUUCCAACAGAUUGAGGCAGCCUUAAAAUGAACAGUUUGAUCUGAAAGACUUACUGUGUAUGCAGCUAUUUUUUUUUUAAUUUGAUCUGAAAGAUGUUUGUUGUUUUAUGAUCCAGGAUGAUUUAAUCAAGUUGUACAAAAUCUUUUUAUUGACCUGAAGAGACUUGAGGGUUUUUCUUUGUUAAUAAAAUCACCUAUUGAUA